AUGAAAGAACAGUUGAAGUUGAUCCAGACCUUUUUUCGAAGGUCAUCACUGGUGACGACAGCUGGUGCUCUAACUACGACCCGGAAACGAAGCAGCAAUCAAGUCAAUGGAAGCAUCCAACGUCACUACGACCCCCAAAAAGCGCGUCAAUCACUCUAUCUAUCUAUCUAUCUAUCUAUCUAUCUAUCUAUCUAUCUAUCUAUCUAUCUAAAUCUCUUCGUGACCUAUCUAUCUAUCUAUCUAUCUAUCUAUCUAUCUAUCUAUCUAUCUAUCUAUCUAUCUAAAUCUCUUCGUGAUCUAUCUAUCUAUCUAUCUAUCUAUCUAUCUAUCUAUCUAUCUAUCUAUCUAUCUAUCUAUCUACAUAGGCAUCUACUCCUUUUUUUGAAAUGCCUAGAAAAGAGGAAUUUGCAACACCAUUCGUAUAUGCAUGAACAAGUCUUUCUUUCUUUUUCUUUCUUUCUUUCUUUCUUUCUUUGUCUGUCUAUUUCAGCCUGUUCAUAUCUAUCUAUCUAUCUAUCUAUCUAUCUAUCUAUCUAUCUAUCUAUCUAUCUGUUUCUCCUUCAAAUUAUCCUUUGUGCCAACGAUGAAGAAUAUUUUGCUAUUUCUUCUUAUUUGAAAGGACGAAGGUCAUUGACCAAACGAUCAAAUUUUACGUAA